CACCUCUGCCAUAAGGUCCUACUGCCGAGUAGAGUAGCAGUAGCCUAUGAGGAUCUUGAGCGUGUGGAUAGCUUUGGUGGUUUUUAUUAACCGUCUCGAAAAGAUGGAGUCUUUCGCGCGGAACUCAACGGAGACAGAUGAAAUUCUUCAAUUUUCUUUGAACAGGUCGAUUUACACUUUGGAUGAGAAUGCCCUUGCUGACUGGCAGACUUUGCUAGGCAAGAAAAAAUAUGGCGCUGAGUCUCAAAAUCCCACUACGAAAGUUUUGUUGAUCAUCGCUUAUUCUUUUAUUAUUGUCAUAUCGCUCUUCGGGAAUUCCCUAGUUUGCCACGUGGUAAUGAAGAAUAAACAAACGCGCUCUGUCACGAGUUUAUUUAUUGCCAACCUGGCCAUAGCGGACAUUCUUAUCACCUUGCUGAACACUCCAUUCACCUUAGUUCGUUUUGUCAUCAGCACCUGGGUAUUCGGAAAGGGCAUGUGUCAUAUCAGUCGCUUCGUGCAGUACUGCUCCCUGCACGUGUCCACUCUCACCCUCACGGCUAUAGCUCUGGACAGACGUCAGGUAAUUUUGCACCCUUUGAGACCAAGGAUUUCCACUCUUCGAGGGUUCAUCUACAUUGCAGUAAUAUGGCUGAUGGGUGGCUCCUUCUCUUUACCGCAUGCCAUUUAUCAGAAGCUUUUUACAUUUGUAUACAGUAAAGAAAUAGUCCGCUGCCUCUGUGUGCCUGACUUUCCGGAACCCUCGGACAUCUUCUGGCAGUAUCUGGACCUGGCCACCUUUGUCCUGCUCUACGUGCUGCCCCUCCUCAUCAUCAGCGGUGCCUACCUGGGCGUGGCUCGACGCCUGUGGCGCCCGAACGCCAUCGGCGACGUGACAAGCGAGCAGUACUUCCUGCAGCGACGCAAGCGCAAGCGCACCAUCAAGAUGCUGAUGGCGGUGGUAGUGGUGUUCGCCGUCUGCUGGUUCCCGCUCAACUGCUACGUGCUGCUGCUCUCCAGCCGCGCCAUCCGCUCCAACAACAUCCUCUACUUCUCCUUCCACUGGCUGGCCAUGAGCAGCACCUGCUACAACCCCUUCAUCUACUGCUGGCUCAACCACAGCUUCAGGGCCGAGCUCAAGCGCCUGCUGGCCGUGUGUCCCUGGAGGAAGCGGGUGGCCGCCGCUGUUGAUGCCUCGUCGCAGGAGCGGCAGCAGCAGCGACAGCAGCAGCGACAGAGCCUGCUGCCUCCUAGCAGUCAGAAUGGGCAUCACCGCGCUGCCUGGCCCGAGAGGAAGGCGGGGGGAGCACCCUGCCCCUCCCGUCCGAGCCUGAAGAAGAGUUCCGCUCCGCAGUCGUUGUCACUGUCGGGGACGGGUCGAACGGACAUUCUUACGGUGGAGCCCAUCAUGGUGGGCAGUUGACUGUGCUGCACGUGAAGAUGGAGUGGCAGCUGCGUUCACAUGUGACCUGAGGACAUCAAGACUGAGUCUUUUUGGGGGGUGCUCCCUCUGCACCUGUGGGGGUGAUGACACCUCAUGCAUCAGACAUGUCAGCAAAGACAUACUGAACAUUGAGGAUCGGUGGUCAUGUCAGUAGAGGGAUCGUCACCUGAAUGGGAUCAGCUCAACUGCUCAUUUUGGUCACCUGAACACUUAAGGAUGGUUAGUUGUGGGCCGAUGUCUUUCCCAUAGCAUUAACAUCCAUAUAAGUCCUUAAGCACCAGAAAAGCAUCUCAAAAUUAUUGAACACUUCACUUGUCUAUGUACUGUGUAUUGUGUCAUUGAGCUGUU